AGUUUCAGUAAAGUUUUCGACUCAAGCGGAUCAAAGCGGAGGAAAAAGAAAAUCACGAACGAAGUGGAUUUGCUUUAAGAAUUUUAAGAAAAUGAAGAAAGAUUUUUCUUUAAAAUUGAUUCUUCUCUUGGGUCUUGUUAAUGCAAUAAAUGGUGACUCAAGAACCCGAGUUGUGUGCUAUUAUGAUACGAGAAGUUCAUCAAAGACCGGUCUUGGGAAAGUAAUGCCGGUUGAUAUUGAACCGGCACUUUCAUCUUGCACUCACUUGGUUUAUGGAUAUGCUGGAUUGGAUGCGACUACUUUUAAAAUCGCUCCAUUAAGAACUAAUGAAGAAUUGGAUAAAACUAACGGCCUUUACAAGCAAAUCACUUCGCUAAAAACCAAAUAUCCGAAUCUUAAGAUAUUGCUGAGUGUGGGAGGAGAUGCUGACGUAGACCCAGAAAAUGAAAAAUUAUUCUACGAAAAAUAUUUAGCACUUCUUGAAUCGAGUACUGGAAAAAUUGCCUUCACUAACAGCGUCAUCUUAAUCCUCCAGGAUUAUGGUUUUGACGGCUUAGAUCUUGCAUUUCAAUUCCCCAAAAUGAAGCCAAAAAAGAUUCGUUCAAGUGUUGGUUCUGUAUGGCAUUCAUUUAAAAAGACUAUUGGUGUGGCUGGCAAACCAGUAGAUGAAAACUCUGAACAACAUAAAGAUCAAUUUACGGGCUUGGUUGUAGAGUUGAAGAAUUCUUUCCGUUUGGAAAAAUACGAACUUUCUGUUACUGUCCUUCCCAAUGUCAAUGCGACUCUUUACUUGGAUGUUCAAUCUAUCAAAAAUUAUGUGGACUUUAUAACUAUGGCAGCUUUCGAUGUUGUUACCCCGAUUCGUAAUCCCAAAGAAGCCGAUUAUCCUGCACCAACACUUUCCGUUAGUGAUCGCAAUACUGAAGAGAAUGUUGAUGCGUGGGCAGCAUUUUUAGUUUCUGGUGGUCUUCCUUCAUAUCGAGUUGUAAUCGGUGUGCCAUCGUAUGGUCGUGCUUGGAAAAUUGAAGCUGAUGCAACUGUGACAGGUUCACCUCCAGUACAAGCCGAUGGUCCAGCGCCUGAAGGCGUUCAGACAAGAACUGCUGGUUUGUUCAGUUACACUGAAAUGUGCGAUAAGAUUUUGAACACACGAAAUAAAGAUUUGAAAGGUGAAUACGCACCUUUGAGAAAAAUUGCAGAUCCUACGAAACGUUACGGAAUAUAUGCUUUCCGUUUGCCUGACGAAAAUGGUGAUUAUGGAAUGUGGGUUGGAUAUGAAGAUCCUGAAUCAGCCGGAAACAAAGCCGCAUUCGUUCGUGGCAAAGGAUUUGGUGGAAUUGCUUUGUUUGAUUUGUCACUCGAUGAUGUCAAAGGUGCAUGUCAUGGUACAAAGUUUCCAAUCUUAGAGCGAAUCAAAAAUAAAUUCAACUGAAAAUUUAAUCAUGAUGUGUCAAAAACAAUGAAAACCAUGAAACCAAUAAAGUUUAGUUUCUGAUGCUAACAAAAAUAA